UCGUUCCUCAUCUCACCAUCUUCCGACACGCCAGCCAUGAGCCUCAGCGUCUCUGGCCGGCCGCCAGCCACGCUGCGCGAUGAUGCCACCAUCAGAGCGCGCCUGGCGACUAUUCUACCCAAUCUCGAAGCCAGCCUUAGCAAUGCCGGCCUCUCUGCGCCUACGGCGAGCUCGACAUUGAGCGUCAGCGAUGUGCAGGCGUUGCUCUACAAUCUGCAGCUCUACCAGCAUGAUGUGCUUGGGCCUGACGCAGCUAAGAGGCCAGCCAAUCCUGACUCUAGCAAUGCUCUCGCCCGUCAUCCUCCUCGCAUCCCGGCCUCUUGCUUUAGGACCACUUCGUCGCUGGCCAGCACCGAUGCUGCAGGACCUAGCUCGCCCGUCUUUGUCGUCUUGGAGGCUGCCCUGCUCUUCCUGGCCAAGCGCGGCGACAAGAGUACAGACGUCGAUGUCGCGCGAGUAGACAAUACCGAACUCGUGGCGGCUAUCCGCUCUUCGCUACGAGAGCGCGGACACAUCAAGCGCUUCAAGGUCACAACGGAGGGCGACUUUACAGAAGCGGAGAAGGCGUCGCUGCAGAGAAUGGCAGAGAGCCUCGAAUGCGAGUGGACAGCGGAUGCUUCGGGCGCGACGCACGUCUUGCAUCCCUCGACUACCCCUCCUGCCUCGCCUGGGGGGUCCGGGGCGAUGGACUACCACCGUACGCUAGCGCGCGCUGGGAGUCAAGCCUUGAUUCAUGUGUGGUACAGGCCGGAUUCGUAUGAUACGUGGGUUCCCGCUGCGGGCUUUGCGGAGCCAGAGCCAGAGCCGGAGGUCAAGAGCAGAUGGGACUUGGAGUCGCGCUGGUUGAGGGACGGUGUGCGCUACAAUGAGUGCAUGAAUGAGGAGGACUACGAGUUGAGCGGUAGCGAGGCGGGCGCACAAGACGCAGCAGCGACUACCAGCGGCACCUUGAACAUUGGAGAUCAGGGCGCGGCGAGCACGACUGCAUCUACGUCGACCAAACGCGGUCGCCCACUUCCCGACGAAGUCGAUGACGACGCUGCCAGCAGCGAGGACGCGGGGACGAGCAAGAAGAUCAAGAUCUUUGUCGCCGCCAAGCCGGUAGGUGCGGUGCCCAUCGACUUGACGGGCGGAGCAGCCUCCAUUCCUGGCAAGGUCUACGAGAAGGAGGCUCUGCCCGGGGGAGUCAUUGGGAAUCUGCCGUCCGAGCCUGCGCCCGUCGCAGCGGACGUCUCGAUGCAGGACGACGACGACGACGAGGAGGAGGAGCCCGACGCGCCACCAUCUGCCGCUGCGAUCGCCCUGGAACACCGCAAAGCCACCGCCCUCGCGAAACGCUACCUGGCCGCGCAGACGCAAGAGAUCAUCAUUCCGUCGUACAGCACGUGGUUCUCCUUCAACGCCAUCUCCCCACUUGAGCGGCGCUCGCUGCCCGAGUUCUUCAACGGGCGUAAUCGCAGCAAGACGCCGGAAAUCUACAAGGACUAUCGCGACUUCAUGGUGAAUACGUAUCGUCUCAACCCGAGCGAGUAUCUCACAUUUACGGCGUGCAGGCGCAACUUGGCCGGGGACGUGUGCUCUAUCAUGCGUGUACACGGUUUCCUCGAGCAGUGGGGCUUGAUCAACUACCAGAUCGACCCGGAUACCAGGCCGGCAGCGUUGGGCCCUCCAUUCACGGGGCAUUUCCGUGUCUUGGUGGACUCGCCGCGAGGACUGCAGCCUUUGCACCCUGGCACGAAGAGCGAGACGCGCGCACAGCCAGCACCGCAAUCGCAAUCGCAACCGCAGCGCAACGCGGGCUCAUCACUGGACGUCUCGCUGGAGCUGCGUCGCACCGUCUACUCGACUACUCUGAGAGCCAGUCGUCAGAUCAGCGCCGAGGAGGGUGCCUCCCUCGCUCAACAAGCGGACAAGGCGCGCGCCAACGGGGCUGGGGCCUCCUCUUCCUACCAGUGCGACACUUGCGGCAGCGACUGCACUUCGACGCGCUACGCCAGCAUCAAGAACAAGGACUACGCGCUCUGCCCUGGCUGCUACACGGAUGGCCGCUUCCCCUCAUCGAUGUUCUCGGGCGACUUUGUGCGUGUGGACGAGGCGGCAUUCAAGCACGGGAAAGGCGGCGAGGAAUGGAGCGAUGCGGAGACGUUGCGCCUGCUGGAGGCUUUGGAGAUGUACGGGGAUGACUGGGCGCGCGUCGAGGAGCACGUGGGGACGCGUGGGAGUGAGGAGUGCAUACAGCGAUUUGUACAGCUACCCGUAGAGGAGCCGUAUCUGGGCGGCGCUGGCGGGAAGCAGAGCGAUUUGGGGGCUUUGCAGUACCUGCGCGACCCCAAGGCGCUAGGUGGGAACACGGUGCCGUUUUCGCAGUCGGACAAUCCCGUCAUGAGCGUGGUGGCGUUCCUGGCCAGCGCCGUGAGCCCUGCUGUUGCGUCGGCGGCGGCGCAGAGUGCGCUUGGGGAGUUGACGGAGGGGCUCAAGAAGCGGGUGGGCGCCGGCGAGGGCGAGAAGGCCGAGGAGGGCGGCGAGAAGGGCGAGAAGGGCGAGAAGGAGGCAGCCACGGACGGCAUGGAUCUCGACAAGGAAGGCGAAGACUCGUCAGCCGCAGCCGCAGCCGCUUCAGGACCCGUCGAAGUCACCGUGACCGACGCUGCUAAGGCCUCUUCCGCCAUGCCACGCUCCGCCGUCGAACGUGCCGCGAGCAUCGCGUUGGGAGCAGCAGCAUCCAAGGCGUAUGUGCUCGCCUCAUUCGAAGAGCGAGAGUGCCAACGCCUGGUCAAGCAAGUCAUCGAGGCCCAGAUGCGCAAGAUGGAGUUGAAGAUGCGACAGUUCGAGGAUCUAGAGGCGCUGCUCGAGAGCGAGCGCAGGCAGUUGGAGGUCAGCCGACGCGAGCUUUACGCGGACAGGCUCAAGGUGCAACGCCAACUGCGCCAGGUGCACGAGUUGAUGAGGAAGGCGCAACACACUCAGCAGGCGCACGCGCGCGCGUACGAGGAGGCUCAGAGAAUGGGCACCGAGAUGCAGCCCCCACCGAGCGUGGAGGGUGUGACACAACAGGAUAUGGCGAGCGUAGGGGCGGGAGUGCAGGAGGGUCAGGGAGCGAGCGUGCGCGAGGUGCGCGAGGUGCCGGCGCCGCAGGGAGGCUCGAUCGGGCAGCUGUAGCGGCGGCGUCCGCAAUGUGUGCGAGGCGUCCAGUCGAUGAGUCGAAAUGAUAUUGCAUGUAGACAUGCGCGAGGGUGUCGCGGGAAGUGCAGAUCGGCGCGAGAA